AUGUUUCCUCUCGCCUGUAAGUCUGUCCCUCUGGCCGCUGCACGCGCUUGUUUCCACGGUCGAGCCGCUGCGCCACGUCUUCCAUCCACAUCCCGACUCGUAAAUGCUACGCGUACGUUCUCAAUCUCCUCAGCUCUCUUAGGCGCUGCCGCCGCCGUGGGACGAGCUUCACCUGUGGGAAAUGGUGUACCACCAGCGGAACCUUGGAAGCGGCACAUCAGUCCUGAUCCUUCGACGCCCACUGUCUUCACAUUCUUCGAGAAAGCAACCUCGACCUGGCAGUAUAUUGUGGUCGACCCGCACACUUCGGACGCUGUGGUGAUUGAUCCUGUCUUAGACUACGAUGCCAGUUCUGGAUCCAUCACAACCCAAACUGCGGACGGCUUGAUUUCAUUCAUCCGUCACAAUGGAUUGACCGUCCGUCGCGUUCUGGAAACUCACGCACAUGCGGACCAUCUGACCGCUGCUCAGUACGUCAAGCAGCAACUUGGCCAGGACAUUUCCGUAUGUAUUGGCCAAAGAAUCACCAAAGUGCAGGAGACCUUCGCUCCCAUUUACGGCUUGGACGAUAUUUCCUCAUUUGAGAAGGCGUUUGAUUGCUACUUCAAGGAUGACGAGGAGUUCAAGCUCGGUGAACUGUCUUGUCGCGUGAUGCACUUGCCGGGCCAUACACCAGAUCACGUUGGCUACCUUGUCGGAAAGGCUGUAUUCACAGGAGAUUCUAUAUUUAAUCCUGACGUUGGAUCCGCACGAGCAGACUUCCCGGGUGGGGAUGCAGAAGAUUUGUACGCGUCGAUGAAACGACUGCUCUCCCUUCCACUAGAUUACCGUCUUUUCGUUGGACACGACUACCCACAGGAUCGCGAUCAGACUUGUUGGUCGACCGUGGAGGAGCAACGCGAACGCAAUAAGCAUCUGAAGCUAGGUACCGACCCCGAGACCUUUAUUCGCUGGCGAAGGGAGCGUGAUGCUGUGCUCGGUGCGCCGAGACUGCUUCAUCCAUCGCUUCAGCCUUCGCGAGUGGAAGUCGAGCUCACGCAGCAGCCUAAAUCUAAGCCAGACCCAUCUACGCUUACAUUUGGGAAAACCUUCACUGAUCAUAUGUUAACGAUCCCUUGGAAUGUCCUCACAGGAUGGGGUGCACCUCGAAUUCAGCCUUAUCGCCCACUAGAACUCGAACCGAGCGCGGCUGUGCUGCACUUCGCGUACUGUCUGUUCGAGGGUCUCAAGGCUUAUCGCGACUCCCAAGGGGAAGUUGCGCUGUUCCGACCUGACAUGAACAUGAAGCGAAUGAACACGAGUGCAGAGCGUCUGACGUUACCCACAUUCAACGGUGAUGGUGUAAUCGAGCUUGUGAAAAAGUUGAUCCGACUGGACAAAGACUGGGUCCCGAAUGAAGCAGGGUACAGUCUCUAUGUACGACCUUCGUUAAUUGGUGUGGAGCCAACCCUAAAUGUUGGGCCUCCCUCGGAUGCCCUCCUCAUGGUCAUCUGUAGUCCGGUCGGACCCUACUACCCACAUGGCUUUAAGCCUGUGGCACUCUAUGGAACAACUGAGUACAUUCGAGCAGCGCCGGGUGGUAUUGGCGCGUACAAGCUGGGUGCUAACUACGCUCAAGGCCUGGUCGCACAGAGGAUGGCCGCUAAGCUUGGAUACAUGCAGAACCUCUGGUUGCAUGGCCCCGAUCACCUAGUCACCGAGGUGGGCACCAUGAACGCGUUUGCGGUGUUCAAACAUCCCGACGGAGUUGUUGAACUUGCAACUCCACCAUUAGAUGGUAUGAUCCUCCCGGGAGUGACGCGCGAUUCUGUGCUUGCUCUCGCGCGUGAUCACGUAGCGGGCAAGUCAAACAUACCAGGCCUUUCGGAGAAGCUAAUUGUGUCUGAGCGUUCAAUACCUAUGAAGGAGGUCAAGGAGGCUGCGCGGGCUGGGACAUUGGUUGAGUUCUUUGGUACAGGUACGGCAGCGGUAAUUUGCCCCGUGGAUCGCAUUGGAUAUCUCGGCGAGGAUGUGCAUCUCCCGACAGGCCCCGAUGGAAUGGGGCCAGUAUCACGUCCCAUUUGGAAGCAUCUCGUGGGGAUCCAGACGGGAACCAUUCCCCACCCAUGGCGAGUACCUAUCGUGUAG